GAGAGAGAGAUUUCCCCUUACAUUCUGAACUUUUGUUGAGCUCUUGAAGGGAAGAGGUUAAUGGAGGAGAAAAAGCAACUCCAACUACCAGAAGUAAUUCUAAGAAUCUCAAGAUGUGUACAGCAAUGGUACCCACUAAUCCUUCUCUUGGUGAUCUCUUCCACCGCUCAAGCAUUCGAUUAUGGCGAUGCACUGACAAAGAGUCUACUCUACUUCGAGUCGCAACGUUCUGGUCGGUUACCGUACAACCAAAGAGUCACCUGGCGACACCAUUCUGGCCUCACCGACGGCUUAGAACAAGGAGUGGAUUUGGUGGGAGGAUACUACGAUGCCGGCGACCAUGUCAAGUUUGGACUUCCAAUGGCCUUCACUGUGACAAUGCUCUCAUGGAGUGCCAUCGAAUACGGCGAACAGAUCGCCGCAGCAGGGGAGUAUGAGCACGCACUCGAAGCAAUCAAGUGGGGGACUGAUUAUUUUAUCAAAGCUCACACUCAUCCAAAUGUCUUGUGGGCCGAGGUUGGCGAUGGAGACACAGAUCACUAUUGCUGGCAGAGGCCGGAGGACAUGACGACAUCUAGACGAGCUCACCAGAUCGAUGAGAAUAAUCCUGGUUCAGAUCUGGCAGGCGAGACAGCGGCUGCCAUGGCCGCGGCAUCCAUUGUGUUCAGGAAAUCAAACCCACAUUACUCUCACCUGCUUUUACAUCACGCCCAACAGCUAUUCGAAUUUGGGGACAAGUAUAGAGGGAAGUACGAUAGCAGCGUGGGAGUGGCGAAGAGCUACUAUCCAUCAGUGAGUGGUUACAAAGACGAGUUGUUAUGGGCAGCUGUGUGGCUUUACAAGGCUACCGACAAGGUGGAUUACUUGAAGUAUGUUAUUAACAAGGCUCACUGCUUCGGUGGGAUCGGUUGGGCCAUGACCGAGUUCAGCUGGGAUGUUAAGUAUGCUGGUGUUCAGAUCCUUGCUUCUAAGUUACUGAUGGAAGGAAACCACAAGGAGCACACUCACAUACUUGAACAGUACCGGUCGAAAGCCGAACACUAUCUAUGUGGAUGCCUUAACAAAAGCAACGACGACAACGUCGAACGUUCACCGGCAGGUCUCUUAUACGUUCGUCAAUGGAACAACAUGCAAUAUGUAUCAACAGCAGCUUUCCUUCUCACUGUUUACUCAGACUACUUACAUAAUUCAAAUCAGAAACUACACUGUCAGAGAGGAGAGGUUGAGGCCCAAGAACUCAUCGGCCUUACCAAAGCCCAGAUGGAGUACAUAUUGGGCUCCAAUCCAAUAGGGAUGAGCUACCUAGUGGGUUUUGGAUCUAAGUAUCCCAGGAGAGUCCACCAUAGAGGGUCAUCUGUUGUAUCAUAUAGAGAGCACAAAGGGUUCAUAGGGUGCACACAAGGGUAUGAUAAUUGGUAUGGUCGCUUAGAACCUAACCCUAAUGUUCUAGUGGGAGCUCUAGUUGGUGGGCCCGAUUGCCAAGAUAAUUUUAAGGACCAAAGAGGGAAUUACAUGCAAACUGAGGCUUGCACUUAUAAUACAGCACCAUUGGUAGGAGUUUUAGCAAAGCUGCAUCAAUUAGAGAGUCAAAACCUCUUUUGUUCUUCUAGUCCAUGUUUAGUUUAUUCUUCCUAGAAGACAAUGAAAUGGAGUAUACAGGAGUUGUUUUCAAAAGAUAUGUUUUUAGUGGCAGAAUCAAGGUCUUCUGGCCCAAUUUGUACUCUCCAUUCUUAUAAGUUA